AUGGCGGUGCAGUCGGCGGAUUUGCCUGUUUUGGAGGAUGGGAACGCGAAGGUUGUGCAACCCCCAAAGAAGAGAUUUGUCAAAAUUUUUAUUGACAAUUGGUUUAUGAUCACCACAGUUAUUGGUGUUUUCAUCGGGUUUGGAGUCGGAUUUGCUCUACAGAAAGCUGGACUGAGUGAAGCACAAAAGAUAUGGAUCGCUAUGCCUGGAAAUAUCUACAUUCGUCUUCUUCAAUUAACAAUCCUUCCUAUGAUUGCCGCAAACAUCAUUGGUGUGUUGGCCAACUUAAAUCCAAAAGAGAAUGGAAAAGUCAGCAUCAUCUCGCUUGGUUUCAUUUUAUUCUUCAAUCUUAUAAGUGCACUGAUUGGCGUCGCGUAUGGCUACAUAAUUAGACCAGGUGACUGGGCCCGAGAUCCAAAUGCAAUUAAUGCGAGCGUUAUCGAAGUUGAACAUGGCAACCAAAUUUCCUACAUUUUCAAAGAUCUCUUGCUCAAUAUCUUCCCUGAUAAUAUCGUUGGAGUAACGCUCAGCCAAGCAGCUUCAGAUUUCAAAAAUCCACAAAAAAUAGCCACCGGUGAGAUUGUUUACAACGCUGUGAAAGCCGAUGGAACAAAUUUGAUUGGUGUUCUCUUCUGCUCUGUUGUCUUUGGAAUUGCUGCUAAUGGGGCUCGGGAAAAGGCUGAACCUUUCAAGCAAUUCUUCGGUUCCCUCGGAGAAGUUGUCAUGCUGCUUAUGCAGAAAUUCCUUCUGAUCACUCCUCUUGGUGUCAUGUUCAUGGUGAUGUCAUCAAUUGCUGAAGUGCAAAAUAUUGGUCAGACUUUCAUCUCCCUUGGCAUUUUCGUCCUUCUGAAUGUUGUCGGACAAAUUACCCAUUUUAUCUUCCUGGUACUUAGUAUAGUGGUUUUAUGUGCAAACCCCUUCCGAAUCCUCAAGUAUUGUAUGCCAGCUUACUUCAUUGCUUUUGCCACAACUAGCGCGUAA